AUGAAGCCUGCACCGGUGAGAGCAAUUGCAGCCUAUGGCGACGGCAUCUUCUAUAAAUCUGUCGACGGCUUCCAGGGUCUAGGAGCGAUGCAGAAAUGCCCAAGAGAGCUCCUUCGGCUCCCACGCCAUCGUCCGAGCUCGACUGAAGUCCGCACUGAGGACAGCGUGUUGAAGUUCGCGAGGCGAGCUAGCCCAUUGGGCCUGGCAGAUCCGCAGGGCUGGAACACACGCAAUGCCUUCGCCGUCUUUGUUGUUGUAGGAACAGACAAAGGCGAUCCCAGCACGCCGGUUGUGGUGGUUGAGAUGAUGCACGGUUUCGGGCGCUGGGAGAAGUAUCUGCAACGGACCAAGCCGCCGCUAGCCGCUUCCGCUCUGCAACGAAGGGCAGUCACGACUAUAUUAAAGGCUGCUAAUGGCCGCUGCUGCAGAAGCCUGCCGAUCGAAACGUGCUGUCAUCAACGGAGGCGUGUCGCGGAAUUUUGGUGGGCACCUGCACAGGUUGGUGCCCAACGCGCCACUGCAGUGGCCGGUCCCCACAGUUCUCGCCCACCUGAGCUGCCGCAAAAGCGGUGGUACCCAAACCGCGCGACGCCAGCUCGAGCUGUCCAUUGA